UUCCGGUCCGGCCCGCGGCGUUGCUGUGGAGAUGGUGCGGUUCAAACACCGGUACCUGCUGUGCGAGCUGGUGUCGGAGGACCCCCGCUGCCGCGCCUGCCUGGAGGAGCGGGUCCUGUUCGGCCUCGUGCGGGACGCCAUCGCCCGGGUGCACGGAGCCUUCGGCGCGGCCGCCUGCGCCGUGGCCUUCACAGUGAAAUACCUCAAUGCUUAUACUGGGGUAGUGCUACUUCGAUGUCGGAAAGAAUUCUACCAGCUCCUGUGGUCAGCUCUGCCCUUUAUUACUUAUUUAGAGAACAAGGGACAGCGCUAUGCCUGCUUCUUCAACACACUGCACGUGGGAGGGACCAUCAGAACCUGUCAGAAAUUCUUGAUUCAGUACAACAGGCGACAGCUUCUGAUCUUACUGCACAACUGCCCUGAUGGAGAGGAACGGGAGUCUAUCAAAAAGUCGGUCAUGAGCUGUUCAUUAGAAGAACCGCAGGAAGACCAGCUUUCAGGAGGUGGAAGUGAAGAGGAUGCCACAGAGAUGGAAUGAGGAUCUGCGGGGAAGCUAAACCCUCGCACAAAUGCAGUUAUGUUGCUACUCAUCACCUCUAUCCCGUCUCCUAAGGCAGGCAGCGGAGCCUCUCUGUUCUCUGCCUCAGAAGAGAUCCGGGAGCAAAAUCCCUGUGGUCGAGAACCAUGACCUUACGAAGCAAGAACUGUUUUAAACCACAUUUCCUGCUGCUUAUCCCUUUUCAAUAUAAUUUUUGUUGCCAUGAACAAAUGCCCUCUCCUUCCCUGUAAGGGUUCCUCAGUUUUCAUUGAAGCCACAAGCAGAAUGUUCCAAUAAAUUUGGCCCCAUUGGAAUCUGGGCAAAGGACUCCCUUCCCCCACCUACUGCCAAAACAGACCAGUUAUUCACACUAGCCCUCCCGAGCGAAGUCAUUCUUCCCCUGCUCUUAGGUAAGAGCAAGGCAUUUGUUUCAACUUUCAUGCUCAAUGUAAUUUUUAUUAAACUACCAGUUGGUUUUCCUGGUUGGUCUUGGAACUUGAAA